AUGGACCCCAAUUUUUGUCCAAUCCCUGAUACCAGCUCUCAUUCCGCGUCAGUCCAUUGGCCUACAUGUCAAGAGCCCAGUCUCUCGUUUGGGCCGGAGGAGCCGAUCCCGUACCGAUGCAUUCAGAAUGCGUUCUGCGCUCAAGCAGCUGCAAACCCAGAACACACCGCUGUGGUUGAUCAUUACGGUCAAUCGUUGACAUACAAACAGCUGGACGUAUUAUCCCUCCACCUGGCUUUAAAUCUGCGUGGACAGGGUGUCACGAAUGGAAGCCGCGUAUGUCUCCUCAUUGAACGGUCCAACGCAUACAUCAUUGCAAUCCUCGCUGUCUUACGCGCAGGGGCUGCUUAUAUUCCUCUAGAUGGCGGCGGUCUCACAAUCGUAUUUGCACUAACAGCGUAUUUAUCAUUGUCCUCAGGGACCACGGGACAGCCAAAGGGGGUCAUUAUCAAACAUCUAGGCUUGACAAAUCUGCUAUGUCUUUAUCCUGGAAACCUCGGUGUUAAGCCUGGAGUUCACGUCGCUCAGCUGCUUAACGUCGCUUUCGACAUGUGCGCGUGGGAGAUACUCGCAUGUCUAAUGAACGGCGGUACUCUGCAUCUGCGAGGCCCUCACCGUGCAGACUGGAUUUCGGUCAUGAAGACAGUGGAUGUUGUAAUUUGCACCCCGUCCAUUCUCCAACAGCACCGACCUCAAGAUUUCCCCAACUUGAAAGUAGUCGCGACAGGCGGAGAGCCCAUCUCGCAAGCACUAGCAGACCAAUGGGCCGCGCAGGCGACUAUCGGAACACCGACUCCUAACAGCUCCGUAUAUGUUUUGGAUGACGAUCUCAUGCCUGUCGCGCGCGGAAGAAAGGGCACCAUGUGGGCAGGUGGUCUUGGUGUCUGUCAAGGAUAUCUGAAACGACCUAGUCUCAACGAGAUCAAAUUCAAGCCAGAUCCUUUCUCGCACAAAGGAGGGCUCAUGUUUAAUACCGGGGACUUGGGCGUCAUGAAAGAAGACGGGAGCUUGGUCCACAUGGGACGUUCAGACGAUCAAGUCAAAGUCAAAGGUUUCCGCGUCGAGCUAGAUGGUGUUUCAGCAGCAAUACGCGCUUGUCCAGGCGUUGUGUCUGCGUGUGCGCUCCUGAUCAAGCAAGACAUAUGGGCUUUCUACACUCCCCCGCAUAUAGCCAUAGAGGAUGUGCGUAUAGCUAUUGCGAGGACGCAACCAUACUACGCUGUUCCGACACAGUACAAGGCGCUAAGUUCAAUUCCGUUGACCAGGUAG